CGCGUAAAGAUAUGGACAGUGAUUAUUUUGACAUUCUCAUGACGUCUGGGUGGAAAAUUUAGUACACACAAGCAAUUAAAAGAUGGCGGCAAAUAAUCCACCGCAAGAAGCUGUUUUUAAGUCUCAUGACGGUUUACAAAUUACCAUUACUGAUGGUGAUAUCCUCUCUGUACCAGCUGACACACUUGUAACGAGAGAGCACCCAAAUUUGAGCCCAGCCAGUCAACUUUGUCGGUCAUUCUGUCGUGUUGCAGGUAUUACAACUGCAGACUGGAUAGAUUAUGUUAAGAAGAUUUACCGACGAUUGGAGCACACCACAGUCAUUAGUAAAGUUACCAAAAAACCAUCUCCUUUUAACUAUGUGUUUCACGCCAUUGUAGAUUCUUCUCAGUUGUCCACCAUAGAUCUAGAAAAGCUGUAUGUUGAUGUAUUAAGUAAAGCUGAAAAAAACAAUGUGCAGUCUCUGGCAACACCACUUCUUGUCAGCGAAAAUAUUCGCCAAAAAAACCCUAUAAAUGUUUUGAUGAAGUGUUUAGAAAAUCAUAAAAGACGAUACUUGGAAAAUGUUUAUUUGGGUGCCUCAAGUUCUAUGGAAUUUCAAAAGAUGUACGACUCUGGGCGAAAACAUUUGACGUUAGAAAGAGACAACAUGAGUUCUGGUAGAAGCACGUCUGAAACAGUGACAACAAUGAAUGACAAAACACAGAAGUACUCUGUUCGUGUUGCAGCUUCUUCUUAUGAUGAUUCAGCGGUUGUCAGUGAUGAAGUCAGGUCCAACCCAACACGGAAAGAAGACCUGAUAAAAUCUGAAAGUUUUACUUUCAAUUCAAAGCUGAAAGUUGUCGUUUGUCAUGGAGACAUUUUCAAAUCUGGCACACAGGCAUUAGUAACAGGAGAAAACAAACAGUUGUGUCCCCUGAGCUCCGAUUGGAAAAGGUACUGUUUAUUGAAAUGGAUAUCUGAAGAACAAUGGAAAACUGAUUUCAAAAGAAAACAUGUGUUUAUUGAAGAUAAUAAGGUAUAUACGGAUCCAAGACCUACUCACGAAUGUUUUAAGUAUGUCUUCCACGCCAUUGUGUAUCCCUACCAUGAAUAUGGAGAAAGAACAUGGUUAAAUGAAAUGAAGAAGUUAUAUGAGAAUGUUGUCAGAGAUACAGAGAUAUACGUCUCCUCCAUAGCCAUGCCUCUCCUUACGACUGAAAAUGUUCCGAGAGGUUUUGCAAUAGAUGCAGCUCUUCAGAGUCUGGCUGAGAUAAAAACUACUUUGAAAGAAGUUCACAUUUAUGUGCCCAAUUUGGAUGACAUCAACAAAAUCCUCAGUAGUUGUCGGCAGAAUGUGGACAAGUUCAUUGACAUGGUGAAUUCUUCAGAUGUAUGGAACAAGAAUGAUUCAGCAUCAAAAUCACACACAUCAUCUGUACCCUCCACAGAUACUGCACCGUCUAACAAAAAUUUUCUGAGUCAUGACAGUGAUAAAUUACCAAUGACAAACUCCAUUGACAAGAAGAGUGAGUGUUUCACCAAUGUGUCCAAUAUUAAAAUCGUUAUUUCUGAUGGCGAUGUCCUGGACUCGCAGACAGAUGUUCUGGUGACGGGAGAAUGUCCGUGCUUGAUUAAAAAGAGUGACAUCUGUAGGAGAUACUGCCAGAAGGAAGGACUGUCAGAAAGAGACUGGAAAACGUACUUGAAAGAGAAUUACUGUGACAUGAACACUGUGUGCAGAAGUGCAAGACCCAAAGUUUUGUCAUUUGAUUGUGUGUUCCAUGCCAUUGUCAGUCGAUAUACUGGAAAAGACCUAUGGCUUCAUAACAUGACACAGCUAUACAGAAAUAUAGUCGAUAAAGCAACAGAUUACAAAACAUCUUCCAUAGCCAUGCCUCUUCUUACUUCAGUUUUAGAUGCUGUUCCUAGAGAAUUGGCAAUAGAAGCAGCAGUGAAGUCUCUUUCCUGUAUUUCAUCAUCCACUAUCAAGGAGAUCCAUGUAGUAGCAUCGAGUUUGGAGUUUGAGGAAAUACGUAGAUGCUUCAAAGAUCACUUAAGACCAGCAAGUGACCCUUCAAGGUUUGACCGAUCACCAACUACCAGCAAACAAACAUUGCCAAUGGUAUACACGGAUGAGUCGACAUCAUCACAUGGUGUUUGGUCAUCUAGUAACACCUCACCAGCUACAACCUCAUACCCGAACAAUUCUGCAUCACGUGAUUUCUUCUCAUCAAGUAAGACAUAUUUGACUACAUCACGUGACCCCCACCCAUUCAGGGAGAAAAAUUCGCCUACAGCCUCACUCCAGAACCAGUCAACUUCACUUGACCUGUACCCAUCCAGUACUUUGACUACAACUUCCCUCCGGAACCAGUCGACAUCACAUGACCUGUACCCAUCCAGUACUUCGACUACAACUUCACUCCGGAACCAGUCGACAUCACAUGACCUCUACCCAUCCAGUACUUCGACUACAACUUCACUCCGGAACCAGUCGACAUCACAUGACCUCUACCCAUCCAGUACUUCGACUACAACUUCACUCCGGAACCAGUCGACAUCACAUGACCUCUACCCAUCCAGUACUUCGACUACAACUUCACUCCGGAACCAGUCGACAUCACAUGACCUCUACCAACUUCAUCCAGUACUCACAUGA